AUCUCACUCAUCACCAAAGGCCAAAGCCUCUUCAUUAUUAUUUCCCAAAGAAGGGAACUCCAUUAUUAAUUGGAGUAGUUGCAUGUCUAGUAUUCUUGUCUUCUUUAUAAAUAAUAAAUAAAAAAGCACCAUCUUCAAAGCACUUUUUUUUCCAUUAGUUUUUUCAAAAUUAAGAAAUACCACCAAUGGCCAUUUGGAUUUCAAGAAUUUUUUUUAACCAUUUUGUUCAAAGGGGUUGUCCCUUAUCUCUUCUUCACCCUAGAGGUUCAAGGCCAUUUUCCUAUUUUGAGUCCAAGCAACAAGAGCCACAAUGCUAUCAUGAGGAGGAGGAUUGUCAUGUUGAUAUUAAACAUGAUGAGAACCAAGCAAUGGAUUUCCCAGGAGGAAAAAUUCCAUUUGUUUCUCAACUGAAAUUCAUUCCAGAGUCAUCAGAAAUAAGGUUAGCUUGUUAUAGAGUCCUUGACAGUAAUGGCUCUCCAAUUCCAGGCAGUGUAUUUGAACAGGUGAGGAGAGAUUUGGCAGUGAAGAUGUAUAGUACAAUGGUGACCCUUCAAAUAAUGGACAACAUUUUUGAUGAAGCAAAAAAACGAGGGAGGUUGUCCUUUUAUCUGACCAGUGUUGGAGAAGAAGUCAUUAACAUAGCUUCUGCUGCUGCUCUCACCACAGAUGAUAUUGUCUUGCCUCAGUACAGGGAGCCCGGUGUUCUGUUAUGGCGUGGCUUCACCCUGCAAGAAUUUACCAGUCAAUUGCUUGGAAAUAAGGGUGACAAUGGAAAAGGCAGGCAAAUGCCAAUACAUUAUGGUUCUAACAAGCUCAAUUAUUUCACCGUCUCUUCACCUAUCGCCACACAACUUCCACAGGCCGUAGGCGUGGCUUAUGCGCUGAAAAUGGAUAAAAAGGAGGCUUGUGUUGUCACUUAUUUUGGAGAUGGUACCACUAGUGAGGGAGAUUUCCACGCUGCUUUGAAUUUUGCGGCAGUUCUUGAAGCUCCUAUUAUAUUUCUAUGCCGCAACAAUGGAUGGGCCGUUAGCACCCCUGUUGCAGAGCAAUUCCGAAGUGAUGGGGUCGCGAUUAAAGGGCAAGCUUAUGGAGUUAGAAGUAUUCGAGUGGAUGGCAAUGAUGCCCUUGCAGUUUAUAGUGCUACUCGUGCAGCUCGUGAAAUGGCAAUAAAGGAACAAAGGCCAAUAAUAGUAGAGGCCAUGGCUUAUCGAGUAAGCGACCAUUCAUCGUCUGAUGAUUCAACCAAGUACCGAUCCAGGGAGGAGAUCGAGUACUGGAGAAGACGAUGCUCAGUAGCCAGAUUCAGAAAAUGGAGACAGAAAAAUGGUUGGUGGAGUGAUGAAGAGGAACUAGAAUUCCGGGGAAAUACCAAAGAGCAGGUGUUGCAAGCACUUGAAAGAGCUGAGGAAACAGAGAAACCUCCCUUGACAGAUUUGUUUACUGAUGUUUAUGAUCAAAUCCCAUUACAUCUUCAAGAACAAGAGAGGUAUAUUAGAGACGCGAUAAACAAACGACCAAAUGAUUAUCCUACUAAUAUCCCUCUAUAGGCUACAUUUUCAAAAAAAUUCGAUUUGAAAUUGGUAGCGUUGUAUUCCAGUAAUGUCCACUAUGUAAUAUGAAUAUACGAUGCAGUUGUGGGUGUGCAUGCUUGUAUCUUUAGUCUGAAUUUGCACGAAUUAUCCAAGUUGAAUUAAGUUUGAAUCUGUUUA